AUGCAACUAAAAUUCCCCCAACAAUUACCCCCCGGAAAAGCUCAUCCGGGCAUUCUUCACCAAUAUACCUCCAACCUCGUCGCCUUCGAAUACACGCACGUCGACGCCCCCAAACCCCACACUCUCAUCUUCAUCGGCGGUCUCUCCGACGGCCUCAACACAGUCGACUACCUAUCCGACAUCGUCGCUGCUCUGCGCCACACCUCCUGGUCCGUGUUCAACAUCGUGCUCUCGUCCUCAUACACAGGAUGGGGAAUGGGCCGCGUGGGGAAAGAUAUCGACGAGGUUGCGAAAUGCGUCGCGUAUGUACGACAGUAUAAGCGGGAGGUAUACGGGUCCUCGCUCCAAGGGACAGGAGGCGAGAAAGUCGUGAUAAUGGGCCAUUCGACGGGGAGUCAAGACGUGAUGAGUUAUCUGUGCGAGACGAACCCGCGGCCUCGGCAUGCGGUUCUUGAUCGUGGCGCGGAGUACGAGGUCGUGACGAGAGGCGCCGUGGAUGGAGCGAUUAUGCAGGCGCCAGUUUCGGAUCGAGAGGCUAUCUUGUCGGUGGUGGAGUCUGGGACGGAGAGGGAUAGUCCGGAGUCGAUGAGGGUGUUGUUGAGGGAUGCGGUGGGCGAGGCGGAGAGGAGGACUUACGAUUAUUAUCGCGCUCACUGUUCCGGUGAUGGGGAGUCUACGCUUGAGGAGGGUGGCGCGUCCGAUGUCCUCGCCACAGAUACGCUGGUUCCUUUGCAGGUGACUGCGCGCAUCGGCUACGGCGCCUCCACGGCGGUCACUAGUCGACGGUUCUUGAGUCUCGCGAGUCCGCGCAGUCCGGAGCAUCCCGCGGAAGAUGAUCUGUUUAGCUCGGAUCUGAGUGAUGAGCAGCUGAGGCGCACAUUUGGGGUGCUCGGGACGCGAGGCCUGUUGGUGCCUGGGGGCAGGCUGCUAGUGCUAUAUUCUGGACGCGAUCAGUCGGUCCCGGCGUACGUGGAUAAAGAGGCGCUGAUGGGUCGGUGGAAGGCGGCGGCCGGGGAGAACUGGGAUUCAGGGAGUGUGGUGAUCCCCGGAGCGUCGCAUGCGUUGAGCGAUGAGGAUCAGGAGGAGCCGAGGAAGGUGUUGGUGGAGAGGGUAAUGGGGUAUUUGGAUAUUUUGGAGAUGUCGACAUGA